CACCCACAGAUGAGACGGAUGUAUUUGAUGCAUCUUUACGAAACGAAUGUUUUCACGGUAGCACCACAGACGUGCCAACACUUUGGUUCUCUUGCCCUCCCCCAUGCAAUUCCUCCCCUUGUUCUCCCGCGCUGCGGGCUCUGCGGGCUCGGGGCUGCUCCGCGGCUCAAACAAAGCUGCCGCCUGGUGCGCGCGGCACGAGAGGAGAAGACGGCACCCGGCAAGCCUUUCGGGUCCCUCCUGCCUGCAGCUGGACGAUUUUGCAGCCUGCCUGGUGCAGCUGUGGAUAGCGGAGGCAUCGUGCUGCACUAGCUAGGGGAGGAGGAGGAGCCAGAGCUGGCAGCGGGCUGCUCCUGCUGCCGGGCGUGGUCGAGCGCAUCGCCAUCUCGGCGUGUUGGAGAGGCUGCGCGGGAACGUGAGAUCGCUCUGAUUCCCGCCGCUCCACAGCUUUGCCACAAUGGUGAAGGAAGAUACGGUGAAUGAAGAUUCUGAACCAUCAGUAUGUGAGAGAAAUGGCAUGAUUCCCAUGCAUGAGAAAAGUGAGGAAGGGUCAACAGCAGAUGCCAAAGGUGCUGAUGGGAAUAUACAAACAGAAGAAACUGCUCUAUUGAAUCACUCAGCUCAGCAGCCUCCAGAACCGAUAUCAGGGUCUUCAGCACCUGCAGGAACAUGGAGGCAAAUAUUUGCUUGUCCUCCUCAGGGUUUACUGUCUCGAAUAGUAACAAAUGUUGCCGCUGUGGUCUUGGUUUGGGCUGUGGUUUGGUCCAUCACUGGGCCCGAAUGUCUCCCAGGUGGAAACCUGUUUGGAAUUUUGUGUCUUUAUUUUUUUGCUGUCAUUGGAGGUAAAAUUUUUGGACUCAUUAAAAUAGGAACACUGCCACCCCUCCCUGCUCUUCUGGGGAUGCUUCUUGCUGGUUUUCUCAUCCGAAAUACCCCGUUUGUUAGUGACAUUGUCCAGAUAAAUCUGCGCUGGUCUGCCGCACUGAGGAAUAUUGCUCUUUCAAUUAUCCUGACCCGAGCAGGACUUGGUCUAGAUCCAAAGGCUCUUAGGAAGCUCAAAGCAGUCUGCUUACGGCUUUCUUUUGGACCAUGCCUUUCGGAAACAUGCACAGCUGCUGUUUUUGCCUAUUUACUCAUGCAUUUGCCGUGGCAGUGGGGAUUUAUAUUAGGUUUUGUUCUAGGUGCAGUCUCUCCUGCUGUUGUAGUUCCCUCAAUGCUGAUCUUACAAGCUGGGGGAUAUGGAGUGGAGAAAGGUGUCCCAACUUUGCUAAUGGCAGCUGGAAGCAUUGAUGACAUUCUGGCUAUUACAGGCUUCAACACUUGCCUUGGGAUGGCUUUCUCUUCUGGUUCCACUCUGUACAAUGUGCUCCAAGGAGUGCUGGAGGUUGCUGUUGGCAUAGCAGCUGGUGGGAUUCUGGGAGUGUUCGUUCGGUAUUUCCCAAGCCAUGAUCAGGCAUCUCUGUCAUGGAUGAGAUCGUAUUUUGUGCUUGGACUGUCCAUGUUUGCUGUUUUUGGCAGUGUCUAUUUUGGCUUCCCUGGAUCAGGAGGGCUCUGCACAUUAGUCUUAGCUUUUAUUGCUGGCAUGGGAUGGUCCGAGGAAAAGAGGGAAGUAGAAAAAAUUGUUGCCAUUGCUUGGAAUAUCUUUCAACCUUUUCUUUUUGGUUUGAUCGGAGCCGAAGUAUCUGUUACAUCUCUCAGGCCUGAAACUGUUGGGCUCUGUGUAGCUACACUAGGUAUUGCCCUAGUUGUGCGAAUCGUUGCGACGUUCCUGAUGGUGUGUUUUGCUGGGUUUAAUUUCAAGGAGAAAGUAUUCGUCUCACUGGCGUGGAUUCCCAAAGCCACUGUGCAGGGACUGUCAGUUCUGGUCAUGGCAAGAAGCAGCAAGCAGUGCUUAUGUGCUGAAAGAGACAGUUCCAGUGAGGCUGUGGUAAUAAAGGAGUACCCGGUGAAAAGAACCAAGCUUGAAAAUAAGAUGAAAGAGGCCGUAAGGACUGGGAGAAAGUUACAUGGCAUUGGGAUGGCUGCUUCCUGGCGUGUGUACUUCAGCCUUUGUGCAUCUCUGUGUCAAGCCAAUGAAAGCCAGCUUGUCAGCUGCUGGGAGUGUGUACUCUAGGACAAGAGAGAACUCCCCUCGGAUGGAGCUUGCUGGCGUGGCAAUGCCGAGGUAGCAACGAGUUGUUUCUUUCUUCCUCAGCUCCUUUUGGGAAACCUGACGGUAGUGACAGACCUCAAAUCAGGAUUUAUGAAUCAACAGGUAUCUCUUGCUCUAAGUUUAUACUCGUGUCUAUGAAAAUGCUAUGAUCUGAUCCUCCACACAUCUGCAUUUGCUUAACUGUGGCAAAAUAAAACAAGUAUUUACUAAAACCUUUCAAGUUAAUACUCAUUUUUCCAAGGGGUAAAUGGUUGUGUUUGUUUUGGAGAUUGGAGGCCUCUUAGGUUUGGCAAGGUCUUUUUACUCUGAUCAAUAGAGAAAUAGAAUUUAAAUGAAGAGGCUGGGGAAAGCAUCACUGAGAGGCAUGUUACAAAGGGAAAGGAGCCCCACCACACCUUCCUGCAGAAAGAAUGACAUGCUGUCAUGAGAAAGCAGUGAGCAUGAACCCACCACUUGUGUGGGUCUUUCUAGAAGCACAAGUUGCAUACUGGAUCUCUUGCCAAAAUAUUUUGCCAUAGGAGCAAAAAGUUCAAACGUUUUUUGGAGGGUUUUUCUUUGUUUAAUAUUGAUGCCUUCUGCACAGUCAGUACAGUAUAGUUCAUAUUUGAUCUUCUCAUAUAACCUGUUACCUUUCUCUUCUCCUUGACUUUCCAAAAGUCAAGAACAAACCGUUGAAGAAAACCCUGCUCUUGUCUUCAGCUUUCGUACCAGUUAGGGUUUUGCAUUGCCGGUUACAGAGAUUGUUUAAUCUGUCUUGCUCUGCUACAUUUUGGGUGAGUAACAAGCUCUAAGUAGGACAUUCACUGCUUUCUGAAUCAUGAAAUGAGUCCAGCAUCCUUCAGAAACUGAGUUUUAUUUAGUUAUGUUUAGAAACACAGAUUUGAGAUCUAAGAGGACAGUGGCUGCCCACAGAGUUCUACAGUACAGUUCAUUUGAGAUUGUUUUACAGAACACUAUUCAGAAUGUAUUUGAUGUGUCCAUAUAUUUUGGUUUCUGUAAGUAAGCAUUAUGCAAUUCUGUUUUAGCUCCUGUAUUUUAUUGUGCAACGUAAUAAGAAAAUACCUUUAAAGGAAAACUGUAUGUACCUGUAUUAUUUGGAGUGCGUGUGUUAUGUCUCUGUAUAUACAUAAUAAUCAGUAUGUGUACCUUUUCAUAUGACUGGUUGUGGUAGAUACGAGCACAGAACACCUGUAUGAGGUCUUUCGCAGGCGAAAGGCUUCAACUGGUUCUAGCCAAAAAGCGAAGUUCUUAAAAAUAUUUAAGGUUUGUGGCCUGCAGCUCCAGCACAAUGAUAAACGCCAGGAAAUUCUUGGGUAAGUUUUCCCCUGACAGCUGUGAAGUACGAUUAUUAUUUCAUUUUGUCCACGCUUCCUUACCAUAUGCACUGCUGUUCUCUCCACUUUUAGGGAACAUACAGUCUUCAGUUAAUGCUUGUUCCCUGACAAGAGAAGAAGGUGCUCUCAAACUCUACAGACUGAUGAACAGUUCCAGUGCUGCAUGAGAUGGUUACUGUGUCAAGCGCUGACUUCUGUGUCCCUCCUGCCUGCUGUGCAUGGCUCACUGAGGUACUCAGUUGCAUAAACGAGGAUAGUUUUAUAAGGAGCUUAUUGCAUUUGGAAAGUGUAGUAUGUGCAGACCUAAUGGGUAAAGUGAAGGAGUAUGCUGUUCAGUUCAUCAGUGGCUGCUUAUAGAAUAAUACACUUCAUGUGAUUAAAAUGUAGAGGAGAAGCUGUGUAUAGUUUGGUUUAUUUACAAAGUUUUAUAGAAAAUAAAAACUCUCCUUCAAGGAGCGAUCACUGCACCACAUUUGGAAUGUGUUCAGUGACACUGUAAGCAUUAUAGCCCUUUAAAUUUGAACACAAUCAUAAGCCUGACAGCCUUGCUCGCCAUCUCAUAAAUUGACUCUAUCGUGUUCCCUUAAUCUUAGUUCCCUCUCAGUUUAGUUAUCAGGAUCACUCCUCCCAUCAUUCUAGACCCCGAAUAGCUGCACUGAUUCAACUGUAGCUUUGUCUCACAAAUCAAAUUCAAUUUUCCUUUCCUCACCACUGAGUGUAUUUGUCACAGGGCCCCUUUCUCUGAGCCUUUAUUAAGUUGUGAAUAAGAAUCGCAUUGAAGCUAUUACAGUCCUGCAGAUCUAAAAUGAGAAGUAUUGAUGCUAUAUAAUGCUCCUUGCUUUCUAGAAAGGAACAAAACACAUCUUGUCAUGAGAAGAAAUGUUAUAUCGGGGCUGAGAUAUUGUCAAUAAGUACAAUAAGUGACAAUUUCAGCUGCUUUUAAAUAGGAGUUAAUUGAAAGAGUUUGCAGAGGUGAAGUCAUGACGACUAGGGCCCCCUCCCUUUGAACAAAAUGCCAUGAAAUCAUUCAUGAAUAAUGCAUAAAUUCAAGCUAAUAAAAUCUUUAUGCAAUGCCAAACAGUCUCUUUUUUGGAGGAACUGAAAUUAGCGUGCAACAUGCAGUAACUGUAACUGGGGGAGUCCCACUGUCAUGCAGACAUAAGCACAAGUGCAAGGUGGAGAAUACUGAGCACUGCAUGCAUGUGCAGUUCCAGAAGGUUCAGAAGAGCCUCAGCAGCAGAACAGUCUGACAGCACAGCCCUGCUGGCACACAGCAGGCAGAGUUAGAGCAGGCAGCAUACAAGUAAAGACAGAAAGGGGCCAUCUGGAAGCAGGAAGUAGCAUGAGCCAGGGAUGAAAUAACAAUGUAAUUAUAAUCAAUCUCUUCCUUUUUCAGCUAAACUGAACAUUCUGGAGAAUUCAGAUGACGUCUAGAAUUAAUUGUGAAAUGCUCAGGCUGUAGUAUGGCCACAAAACGGUAAAUGAUAGUUUUUGCAUUUUAAAUGGAGUCCAAGAAGUGAAAUUUUGGGCCAGAUGGUGCUUGAAUCGCAUUUGCUUUGUCUAAUAGUUGACACAAAUAAGUCAUCUUUAUCUGAGUAUAUUUGUUUUGCAGGUUUAUUUGUAGUUUAUUACAGUGAUUGUUCAAAUUCAUAGUGGAAAGAGGUCAUUACUACUGUUCUAGUAGAGUAAGGCAUCAUGGUAUGACAUGCCCUGUUAUGCUUUCCCCGACUUUGCAUCAAGACAAGUGAAGAUCUGGUCUGGUCUACCACCUGUGUCCUGGUGUUUAUCAUGCUAUUAUCCCCUUGUGUGGGGCUUCCAACUAAAGGUGGAAAAGUCACCCAGUGCCAAGAGAGCCCAGCACACCUUAGUAGGUAAUGCGUUCAACUCUAUCAUUGCUGAGACAGAGGGCUUCACAGACAUUUCAGUCCUUAGCUUAGCUCACAGACUUUAGAGAGAGAAUCUGAACAGAUAAGUAAAUUGUGAGGCUGGCUUUUCUUUUUGUUGCAAAGACUUGCAUUUAGAGCACAAGCUGUGAACGGAUUCAGCAAUUUUUUUUUAUUUUUGUGUUUUGCAUCUGUCUUCCAAAGGACAUCACAUUAAAUUAAGAGCAAAACUUCUUGCAUUUGGCUUGCAGGUGAAGAAUCCAAAUUGCAAACAGCACAGGCUCAGAUAAGCCAAUCCAAUUCAGUGCCGUGAACUCAGCAGUCCAAGAAAAUUUCAUUUACUUGGUGAGUGCAGGUACAGACACCUAACUUCCAUGGAUUCUUGAAAUCAGAGAGGAUGAUAAAGGCUCUGGUAUCCUUCUUCAUCUUGGGAUGCAUUUUGCUGUCCUUCUCAGACUGAUGCGACGUGAAUCCAUUACACAGCUAUUUUUACCUGGCAGGUAGGCUGAAACAAAACUCUUACUUUGAUAAACAAAAGCAGAACAAUUCUUCGUUUGAAAUUCCUGCAGCCAAAGCACUACAGCCAGUGUUGUUCAGCUUUUGUUUACUUCAGUUUUAUAGCUGUACUUCCACAGGCAGCAAUUGCAGCAAAAGAAGGGAUUUUUAAUGCCAAGAGUAUGAAAAUUACCCUACAGGAACGCGCAAUCCCCUUGUUAGGGCUCUUUGCUGCACCUGACUAAGGCCUGCUCCAAAACCACCAUGAAGAUGGGAUUCACCUUAAGUGUGGCCACAUGAGGCAGUUUUCCCUUCACAGAUUCAUUUUGAAAUGCAGGGAAAUAGUAAAAAAGAUUGUAAGCAAGAUAAGAUGACUAUCCUGUAGAAAUAAUUAAGAUGUCCUUUCUAAAAAGGAACUGUGACACAGUUGUUGCUAAACUAUACCUCAUGUAGGUUCCACUGCCAUAGAGACAUAAGCAAAACCAAACCAAACACCAUGUGUUUCUGUAGCCAGAGUUGCAGGUAGUUUAGCAGUAGUUUCAUCCAACAGAAAGCAGGGGAAAAACAAUUACAUAAUCAAAUUGUGCGAGAGGUGGAGGCAAGAGGCUAAACAUCACAUUGUCAUUUUUUUUAAAGGAGAUUUCUGGGAGAAAAUUCACUUCUGCUGUAUCACUUACCUCAGCAGCAUUUGUCUAAGUGGAACAACAGAAAAGAGGAUUGCUGUACACAGAAAGCAAUGAAAUUAUCUGAAUGUAAGAGUAUCCUGAUAGAAGCUGGAAGUACAUAAAGACUUGUAUAGAAUAA